AUCGCGAUAGCAGGGGUCAGUUUACAAAUCGGUCGCUUAUUGGUGAGGGCGCUGCUGUAAGAUGGCGUCCAGCGAAAUACGAGUAGUGUAGAGAAAGAAAUACCACCGCUAAUCGUCUGGGGGACAGCCAAGAAGAAUUAAAACAUUUAAGUACCAACCGAAAUUAUCAGCAGUACUUCGCUUUCUGCUCGUUGGAAAUAAGGGCUACGUGGUGAUUCCGACCUCAGCCAAUUAAGAGAGGUAGUCAACGCGCCUGCUAAUGUUAGCUUGUUAGCUUUGUGGGGAAACCAGAAACAUUUCUGUUACCAACACAAGAGGAUUCCCCCAAGGCUGUUGAUUUUAGCGCCUCGUCUUAUGCAACGAAGCGAAUUAAGUGUCAUAGUCGGGCACAUUCGCUUUCGCGUUUAUUUUUGAAGUGAUGUAAUAAGCUAUGUUUUGCAAACAACACGCGGCUAGUUAGCCGUGUAACUGGCUAACCUGGCCCGCUGUGUAAUCAGCUGUCCAGUUCUUACACCGUGCCCAAAACAAUAACAACAGUUGUUUUAAGCUUGCCCGUGUCACACAGUUAUGUUUUCAUCACCACUACGAGUACAGCGUCAGAUUUAGAAAGUGACCGCGCUUUUGUCCCAUCUCGUUUACACUCAGCCGGAAUUAACCCUUUCCUAUUACGAUCUCUGUUCUCACCGGUCUGAGGUCAGCUUGAUGUCAACACAGCAUUUGUUCCAUUUCUCCAAAUUAAUCUGCCUUCUCUUGUAAUUGGGACCACCUCAGCAGAGGGCACUGUUUGCAGCAAUGAACAACUCCAUGGAUGGUGCAAGCUCCUAUGAGGAGCUGGUGAGGCAGAAAGCUAGGAGCAUCCCUCAGCAUCGCAUGAAGGAGUUCCUGGAGUCCUUGGCCAAUAAAGGUCCAGAUGCCCUGCAGGAGUUCAACCAACAAAGUGGAGACACAACCACUACUACCACCAUGAUUUACCAACAAGAGCCCAACUGUGUUUACACAGACAGCACAGAAGUGGCGGGGUCGCUGUUGGAACUGGCGUGUCCGGUUCAGGUGCAGGUCCAACCACAGCAGCAGAUUCAGGAGGCUACAUCACAACAAGCUGUGCAGCAGAGUACAGAACAACAAAUUGUACAGGUGCAGAUUCAAGGCCAACAGCAAGGCCAGAUGCUAGGUCAGGUCCUCCAAGUGCCUGCUGGCUCCCAUCAGCAGCUACAAGGGGUGACUACUGCACAGCUCAUUCAGCCUGGGGACCUGACAGAAGAACAGCAGCAACAGCUGCAAGCCCAAUUGGUGGCAGCUGUGGCUGGAGGUCAGCAGAUCCAGAUCCAGACAGUAGGGGCCCUCUCUCCUCCUCAGCAGCAGGAUGGUGCAGAGAGAAGAGCGAUGGGAACCACAGUUGCCACGUCUCAAGGAGCAGGUGUCCUCCAGCCAGCCAAAAAGCGUAAGGUGGACAUGCCCAUCACCGUGUCCUACGCCCUGCCUGGCCAGCAGGUAGCCACAGUCUUAGCGAUCCCCCAGGGCCAGGGGCAGCAGCAAAGUUAUGUGUCCCUGAGGCCAGACCUUCUAACUGUGGAUAGUUCCCACCUUUACAGCGCUACUGGUACUAUCACCAGUUCCACAGGUGAGACCUGGACCAUUCCUGUAUAUUCAGCACCAGCUGGGUCUGGAGGCCGUGAGCAGGUGACGCACAUUGCAAUUCCCCAGGAUGCGUAUGGGACAGUGCAGGUGGCAGGGACAAACACUACAAUGACCACAAUGCCAACACAAGUCACUGUUGAAAAUGACAAGUUGAAAAACCCUGCGAGUCAAAGUCAGACGGCACAGGCUGUCUCCAGCAUAACAAGCUCUGGAGGAAUGGGCAGCCAGGAAGACGUAGUGCACACGCUGGCUGCAAACACACUUUUCUCUGCCCAGCUUACGAAUGGCAACAUCCACAUUCCCGUGGCUGUACAGGGCUACUCUAAUACUACUCAGUCUCUUAUUUGGGACCCACAGCAGCAGGUGCUGCACACACAAGGACUGUCAAGUCAGGACGCACAGCAACUACAGUGUUUAUUGUCCGAGCAGGGCCAGACAGUGGUUGCAGAGGUGGACGGUCAUGGUCAACAGCAGGUGCAGGUGCAGGAGCUGCUGUUGCCGGCCACUGUGAAGCCAGAGGAGGGACUGGAUGUGUGGCGGCUGUGGGCUCAGAGGAAAAACGCAGAGUUGGACAAAUCAGACAAGAAUAAACUGGCCCCUAUUGGCCGUCGCCAGGCACUUCGUUUCCAAGAGGACCUGGUGUCGUGUGCUGUUGCUGAGCUCUGCAUGGGUUUGUCUUUAAUGACAACAGAGGCCCGGGGGCUGGAAGAAGAGACAUACGAGGCUGAUGUUCUUUACUAUAUAUUUCUGUGCAUCCAGAAAUAUCUGUUUGAUAACGGUCGUGUUGACGACAUUUUCUCAGAUCAAUACUACACUCGCUUUGCUCAGAGUCUGCACCAAAUCUUGGAGCCCUGGAGACCAUCUGUUCACCCGCUAGGUUAUGUUAUCCCCAGUCAUGUGACAGAGGAAAUGCUGUGGGAGUGCAAACAGCUGGGUGCUCAUUCUCCAUCAACUCUGCUCACAACUCUCAUGUUUUUCAACACAAAGUAUUUUCACCUGAAAACAGUGGACCAGCAUCUAAAAGUGGCUUUUUCAAAGGUGUUGAGACACACCAGGAAGAGUCCCAACAAUCCCAAAGACAAAAGCACCAGCAUCCGAUACCUGAAGUCAACAGAGAGGUUUAUAGGACAAAAAGUGACAGAUGACAUGUACUCGGAACAGGUGGAGGACCCAGAGAACCCGCUGCGCUGUCCUAUCAAGCUCUAUGAUUUCUACCUCUUUAAAUGCCCGCAGAGCGCUAAAGGUCGCAAUGACACUUUCUAUCUGACUCCUGAGCCUGUGGUGGCUCCCAACAGUCCCAUUUGGUAUUCGGCGCAGCCAAUCCCUAAAGAGCAGUUGGACCAGAUGCUCGCCCGCAUUCUUGUUGUUCGUGAGAUCCAGGAAGCCAUUAACAUGUCUGAGAGCGUGCAUUAGUCGCACCAGGAACAAAGCAGACUCUUCCUUUUCACCAAGCCUUUGAUCGCUCGUUACGAGCACUUUUCUAUUUUCACCCCUCGAUGGAGUUUUUGGGGGUGGCGUGUAUAUGUUUCUAUUCAUUCUGACUGUACAUACACAUACAACAGAUAUGGAGAAUGAUUUGUCUGUCUUGGGCGAGCACUCAGUUUUGUUUUUGGCCAAAGGAUGACGUGUCUAAUCGUUUUAUUUUUAGUGGACCUGAGCUCUAAUUUAAAUGUUAUUUUAGAUGUUGAUUUGCCUCACCAAUCGUGAACUAAUUAUUUGUUGUUUGUUUUAACCUGUAAAAAUAUGUCGUAUAUAUUUGCAUCAGGGUUGGUUUGUGCUAUUAUGCUUUUAUUUUAUUUUUAUUACAUUUCCCCCCCUCUAUUCUCUGUGAUUUCAGUUAAGUUCACAGUGAAUACCUCGGUGGUAUUAAAUCAUAUUUAGAAGCCAAUCCAAGGCUUGAAAAACUCUUUUUUUCUAGCUGUGUGAAUUCUCUUUCCUUGGUAUUUCACUUUUCUUUACGUUGAGUUGACGUCUCAUUCAGACACUGAUCUCUGGACUUGAUAAUGGUUCCUCUGGAUCCCUGCAGCGUCGAAUCACAUUAGGACCUAAAUACUCCAUGAACUCGGUCGUAACGCCCUGUCACCACUUAACCCACAGCCACUAGCACUUGCCUCGUGACUUGGAUGUGGCGAGUGGAGGGUGGAGGAUUCUCCUUUUGCUCUUCAGGAAAUCGGUGACUGAAAAGACUCACCUGUUGUAUUUUUACGUGUCUGCUGUACUACGAGAACUGAAAAGUCUUUGGGAGUUAGCCCUUAUUGAUCUAUAAUGUACAAAAGUUGUAGCUCCUCUGUGAACUGUAAUGGUUUUCAGUCAUCUAAAGGCGAACAGCAGUGCCUGUGUGUUUUUGAAACAUGACCUUCUUUUGUACAGCCACUUCA